ACAAACAUUAAAAUAUAUGAUUUGUUGCUCAUGUCAGGGUCCUUGGCUCAGAUUCUGAUUCUUGCCAUGACUAUACUCUGCAUUGGCGCUUUUAUGUCCGUUUAGAUUGUUCCCUGGAAUAAACCUUUUUUCUAUGCACUAUUCAUGAUGGAUUGUUUUAUCUAUCCUCUUGUUCAUCAUCUUUUUCCCCUCCAUGAUGUGGGUCUUUCCAGUGGUUGGUGCUUUUCUCGUCUUUCCAUGUUUUGUUAAUAUGCUGAACUGCAAAGUCCUCAUCUGUUUAUGUGAGAAUUAGAAAUGGAAUGAUUCCAUAAAUGAGAGCAAGUGUUUUUAUAUGCUUAGCGUGCUGCGAGAGGAAACACUACCAAAAUAGUCGCAAGGCAGAACCUUCCCCUACUACUGGUUCCUUGUUCAAGCCUCAACCAGUGCAUGGUUCUAUUAGUUCAAGUUGUUAUCCAGGAAGCGCAGUACGUCUGAAUGCUUUUGACGAGAAGAAGUCUAGCGAAUUUGAGUUUAGACCAGAUCCGGUGUCUAAUAUGGUUUCUGCAGAGCUGGACAAGCAGAGAAUUGAGCCACCUGUACAAUUUCAAGGCCACUGCCUUUCUCAUGCACCAUCUUUAACAAGUGGAGCAGUGGCAUCCUCAAGUGAGCUUAGCCGACCAACACAUCCUCUUCAGACAACACCCGCAGGCUCUGAUAUUCCUGCUGUAUCUGACGUGGAUGAAUCAAACCAGACAUCACAAAAUGAUCAAAAAGGAAAUGCACCACAAAUCUUAGCUGAUGAUGGUUAUAACUGGAGAAAAUAUGGGCAAAAGCACGUCAAAGGAAGUGAAUUUCCACGCAGCUAUUAUAAAUGUACACAUCCUAACUGCGAAGUGAAAAAGCUGUUCGAAAGGUCUCAUGAUGGGCAGAUUACUGAGAUAGUAUACAAGGGUACACAUGAUCAUCCUAAACCUCAACCUAGCCGUCGAAACUCUGGUGGUCUUCUUAUGUCUGCACAAGAAGAAAGACUGGACAAGUUUUCUUCCUUAACUGGCAGAGAUGAGAAGGGAUCCAGCAUGUGCAACAAUAUGUCUCAACCCUUCGAGCAAAAUGGAAAUCCCGAGGUAUCUCCUGUCUCAGCAAGCGAGGAGGGUGGGGAAAUUGCAACUUCUAGGAAUAAUGAUGACCUGGACGGUGAUGAUCCAUUCUCGAAACGGAGGAGGAUCGAUGACUGUAUGGAAAUAACUCCGCUUGUUAAACCAAUUCGGGAGCCUCGUGUUGUUGUUCAAACGUUGAGUGAGGUUGACAUAUUGGAUGACGGGUAUAGAUGGAGGAAGUAUGGGCAGAAAGUCGUAAGGGGCAACCCUAAUCCCAGGAGCUAUUACAAAUGCACAGCGGCCGGAUGCCCGGUGAGAAAGCACGUUGAGAGGGCAUCACAUGAUCCGAAAGCCGUUAUAACAACAUACGAGGGCAAACACAAUCACGACGUGCCCACCGCAAGGUCCAACAACAACAACAACAACAACCACCACCACGACAUCUCGGCUGGACCACCCAGAUUCAGACCCGAGGAACUCGACACGAUCAGCCUCGACCUCGGCGUCGGAAUGGCUUCUGGGUCUGGGCCGCCUGACCACACAUCAUCGGCCAACGAGCAUCAGACACGACAGCUUAACAGUGGAGCUGGUUUCAGGUUCGUUCACGCAACUCCCGUUAACUCGUAUUACGCUGCCUUGAACGGGAACGCGAAUCAGUAUGGUCAGAGGGAAACCACGAGCGAGGCUCAGACAGGUGAAAACUCGGCUUUGAACCAUUCCCCAUACACUUAUGCUCAGAGCAUAGGGAGAAUACAAUCUGGUCCCUAGAAUGGUCGCUAUGCAAUACAUAUAUACACCCAUAUAUAUACAUAUGUGUUAUGAUACUGAGAUAGAGAGAUAUGGUAUUGGAUCCGAUUCAAACCAUCUCCAAUAUUAUUUGCUUUUGUUUUUUUUCUGCUCAAUUGUUUGUAAUUUUUGAAUGUGUUGUAAGAAUACACAAAGAGCUUAGAUGUCUGUACAACAACAAUGGAAUCUACAAAUCUCUGCCUCCUC